AUGACGCACAUCGGGGCGAAACCGAGCGAGGACGGGGGUGGGAAGUGGGAGGCGAAGGCGAGGGCGAUCGAAGGCGACGCGACGACGGCGGGGGAGGACGAGAACGAGGCGACGUCGGAGACGAGCGGUGGGUCGGUGACGCUCGAUGACGUCGCCACGGGGGGGGGGAGGACGAAAGUGCGGUGCGCGUCGCUGACGGCGAUGGACAUCAUCGCCGCCGUGCCGGUGGAGAAGUGCGUGGAGACGAUGGAUUGGGUGGAGACGGGUCGCGAGACGAGAGACGAGAGAGCGAUGGCGUUCGGCGCGGUGGCUUCGCGUCCGGUGAAGAUAUCGGUCGAUCAUGGGAAGAAGCGCGGUGGCAUCGAUAAGUCAUUGGUAGUAGCGAUGGAUUCGCGGUGGAUGGAGAGGAUGGAGACGCCCGUGAUCGUCGAUGAAGACGAGACGCGAAGAGCGCUGCGAAGAGCGAUUCGCGAGGCGAGUUUCUCGACAAAUUCGGAGAGCUGUUUGUUUCGAUUGAACGAAGACGCCCUGGAGGCGCUGGAUUGCGUUGAGAAUGACUUGCAGAAGAGAUACGACGUUGAGCGAGAGAGCGAAGGUUCGAAAGAGUUUGAGUCGACGACGAAGGUUGGUAAGUUGAAGGAUUUCAUGAGUUUGUUUCCGCGCCCACUCGAGACUUCGUUUGCGAUGGACGAGCCUUCUCUUCUCGCGUCUCCGAUCACGUUCUUGCUCUCGAUGGCGAAAAAGAUCAAAGUGCUGCCGUGGGAAAAUGAGAUAAAGAUUGAUAGUUCAUGCAAGGAGUACUUAAAGAAUCUCCUGUUUCAAGGAAGGAUCCCCGAGCCGUCGACGAAAGACCCUUUCCAAGCCGUGCCGACGAAGAUCGCUCCGUUGAUUUGUGAAGACACCGCGCCAAGGUUCAUGGAGAACGUGGAUCCAGAUUCGAUGGAUAUUGCUCUGGACUCAAAGUUGAAGACUUUAACGACGCCUGUGGAAGAGCACACCCUCGCGGUGUCGAAUGAUUUCUCGUCCAAAGCCAAAGCGCAAAUGACAAAGAAGCUUCUAAACGUCGACGACCGAUUCGUCACCAAACCAAUGAUUGUACCGAAGAUCGAUGAAGAAGAAGAAGAAGAUGCGAAUGUUCGUACGGAUCGCGCAAUGCGAGACGUGAUUGCGAGUGUGCAAGCAGUAAAAGACCGCGCGCCCGCGUUAUCCGAAUGGAAAGUUGCUAUCCCAAACGCCCUCGAUACGUUGGCGCGAUUUCAAGAAGAAGAGCACACCGCGGCGGCAACUUUAUUUCGCGAAGCCGAGAUGGAUAAUGAUGAUCUCGAUUGGACUUGGGACGACAUGAUGGAUAAGAACGAUGAACCACGAACGACGAAAGAACCGCCAAAGUCAGCGCCUGAAGCCAUUCCAAAGCCACCGACGCUGAGUGAAUCGCUGUCUCUUUCGAAGAUUGAGAAACACAAGGAUGCGUGCUUGAUCGAUUUCGUCGAGCUUGACCUUGAUCCAGAACACACAUAUGUGAUCAAAGUGCUCGCGGAACGUUAUGGUUACAUAUCGCAAAUUUUACCUCUGGAUAUUCAGCGAGCUAUUCCCCGAUUUCAAGUCGGCGAAUCUACGGAGCUCGCGCACGCAAUGAAACACUUUGCGAAUGAGUCGUCGUCAAUCAAUCGACAUUUGAAGAACUUGCUGUGCUGUCAAAGUGCGGCGAAUUUAAUUCAUGUGUAUGGAAUUCAUCAAGCGCACAUUUUGAUGCGGAGUUACGCUAAGGAUGAACAAGAUUUAUCAGACAUCAAGAGCCUCGUCGAAAACAACGACGUUGCCGUGGAGCGCGGCGAGUUUGACGAUCAUCCCAAGUUGAGAAUGAUCAGAGCGUACAUCGCAGAUCUCAUAGUGACUCAAUCGAAAAUGCUCAUUAUCUUUCCCGACGCGAUGGGUAUACUCUCCAUCGUGCGAUUUAUCAGUAAGCUUGGUACAAAAGCAGUUCAGUUUGAUGGUAAGCAAGAGUUUAAAAAUCUACACGAAGACGAUGUUGAGGAUUUCGCUCGCGCGGUUACGCUCGCGACGGCCAAUGUACAAGUUUUAAUCGCUCUCGAGGCUCAUAUUGCUCAUGAGGCAUUUCCAUUGGAGCUAUUUUCGACGUGCGUUUAUUACGCUCCGUCGCCGAAUGCGCUUCAAGAUCUUCAUCUGCUUGGUUCUUCGCGCCACGCUGCAAAUCGCUUUGUGAGAGUGCUCGCCAUGAAACGGGGUGUCUCUAUACCUAGUGAAGAUCCAGAGCCUGCGUCAUCGGCGUUGCGUCAUUCACCGUACGUGGAGAAUAAUCAACAUGCUGCAAGCGUCGUGCGCGACGAAGAUCCCAAUGUAUCGCCUCCUGUACAAUUCGAUGGCGUUCCGAGGCACGUCGUCGUGCUCAACGUCGCUAGACAGAUUAUCAAGGUACGAGAGCAACUAUUUGGUCAAGUUGAGCGAAACUUACUCGACGACGGGUGCGACGUGAUUUUGCGAGAGUUUGGGAUCGACGUUGACGCAUGCUUCACCGUCGGCAAGCAAGUUCACGCAGUGAUAUUGAUCGUGCCAGAAUAUUUUGUUGAAGGGUUACCGACACAAAUUGAACUUUUUUCGUUGGUGGAAGAUUUGAUGGUUGCUAUGGCGCACUCGUUUGUGUCAGGAACGAUGGUCUUUGAGGGUGAUUUGGACUUUUUAAACAUUGCGCAAACGCUUGAUCGAAGAAUCCAUUCAGACGCCGCGCACAUGCAUUUUUCCAUCGAUCUCAGGUACAGUCUCGAAGAUGAAACCGCGUCGAUGCUACAUGAGAUUCUGCAGCCACAAGAUGGUCGUUUCUCAGAAUUUUCUGCGCCAAUGCCAGAGAGCCGAACGAUUGAAGAAAUGGAGUUGUGUGAUAUGUUUCCUUUGCUCAAUCCAAUCUCCGCAUGCGCUCUAUUGGCGGAUGAAUUCGUUUGCGAUGAACUCCAACGCAUUGGUAAUCUGUCUUCGAAUACUAAGGCGUACUUGCAACGCGAUGGAUACCUUGGAUGCCCACUCGAUGUCUUCGGUGCCGAAGAGCCGGCGAAGGAUGUACCACCGCCGUAUUCGCCCCGCGGCGGAGCUGCGCAAGAACGAAGGCAAGUCUUCACGGAACGUCCAAUCACAGAGUUUUACUCGCCCAUUUCGAAGCGACCACGACUCGACGAAUGGGAGCUCGAAUCUUUGUCUUUAGAUUCGCCGACAAACACCGCGACUCCGCAUUAUUACCAAUCUUUGCAUCGGCGCAAUAUCGAUACGCCGUCUCCAAUCGUGGACUUCAAGACGUCUCCCACGUCGGCGCCGCGAUCACUCUUACGAUCACCGCCAGCGGCGUCACCACGAAGAGCGCCCCCUGUCAAUGUUGGCGCUGUCGGCGGUGGUCGACUCUGGCAACCGACCCGGACGAGCGACGGACCCUCGACGAGCGCAAACAUGAUUCUGGAGAAGCAUCGGCAGCAACCUGAACCGUCACUUGAGGAAUUCAAUCAAAUGCUCGAGUCUUACCGAAUGCCCGCGCCUCCCGAGCGUGGGCGAAGAAACUCGACGCUUGAUUGUUUCGAUUCGAACAGAGACUUAACGCAGCACCGAUUCACGAGAAUAUCAUCAUCGCGAACGCAACAAUUUCCAAACACUUGGAAAUGA